AUGAAGGAAAGCACCAACCAGAUCCAAAGAGAUCCUCAAAUCGCCCAGUUCGUGUCCUCUUUAGAGCCCGAAGUUCCUGAAGUGGAAAGCGACCCCGGCGAAGGGGUCAUCGCCUUCUACCACGUCUUGGUUCUCCGUGGUAUGGAGCACGUGUGCGCCAAACCAAACCGGGACAGAGCAGAACUUUCGGUGCUGGGAGCGGAGACCUGUGUGCCUCCCACCGUUGCUUGGUGCGGCAUGUCAUGGGUGCAAUUUUCAGCGAUGCCAGCUGUGGUGCUGGCAACCAUGGAGUCACCUGCCAAGAAGGUGAUCCUGUUUAUUGAGGAAUUGAAGGCAGAGAUCACGGCGGACAUGGCCAAGGUCUAUGUGAGUUUUUGCAAGGAGAAUAAGUCCUUUGACACCUUCAGCUCUUGGUGCAACGAGACCAUUGCAGCUGCCACUGCCAACAUCAAGACCGGCAAGGAGACAAUCGAGUCAUGCAACCGCAGGAUCGAAGAACUCUCCGGCUUUGAAGCAGCCGGUGAGGCAGAGAUCAAGAACGCGGCUUCUGGGUGGCACCAAGUGGCCCAGGCCACGAAAAUCAGGGAGAAGGAGUUGAAAGCCUUUGAAGCUUCGAAAUCGGAAUUGGAUUCUUCUCUGAAGGCAAUGGAUGAAGCACUGGCAGAGUUCAAUAGCACUGAGGCCUCAAGUGGCGCAUUCCUGCAACGUCGUUCUACCUUGCCUGGAGUCCUUCCAAUCCGCAAGCUUCUGCAUGUCAACUUGGUGAACAGCAAGAUGGCACUGCAGGACUUGCAGUUGCUCAGCAAGUUUGCAUCAUCCCCGACUUCCGGCACGUUGUUGCAGGGAGACAUCAAUGGUGAGUACAACAGUGCCUCAGGGCAAGUGAUCGGCGUGAUCAAGACGACCAAGACAGACUUCGAAGAGGAUCUGAAGGAACUGACCGAUGAAGAAGCGGAAAAGAAGAAAGUUCAUGGCAUCUCGGCGGCUGAUGGCCGUAAGAUGAUGUCCACGCUGCAGAAGGAGCAGACGGAUUUGAAGAGCUUCUUGGUGGAGCAGAAGACCAAUGCUGGCAACUCUGUGAAGGAACUCUCUGAUAAGAAGACCCUGCGGGAUGAGACCACUGCUCAGUUAAAGGCGGAGCGGGCGGUCGCAGAUGAGAGCCUGCUUACAGAGACGGAGGAUACCUGCAAGGAGAAAACCUACCAGUUCGGAGAGCGCAAGAAGCUCCGCGAUCAGGAGUUGAAAGGCGUCACCGCAGCCUUGGAGGUGCUCAGCAGCGACGACGCCCAGGCGACCUUCAAAUCGGCCCGGGCACCGAAUGGUGACCAGCUGCUUUGUGCAAGCUUCCACACCGAGGCUGCCUCCUUUGUGCAGCUGGCUGCCGCGCGAGACAUGGAACCUGCAGAAGUGCAAGGGGUGCAGCAGGCCUACCAUGCAUUGCAACAGACGGCCUCAGAGUACCACAGCUUAAGCUUGGCCAAGUUGGCCGUUCAGUUGAAGACCUCCGGCAGUGCGUUCCGCAAGGUCUUGAAGCAGAUUGAUACACAAAUCGAGUUCUUGAAAGCUGAGGGAGAAGAGGACGUGAAGCACAAGGCGCGGUGUUUGAAGCAGAUGGAGGACUCGGACAGUGCCAUUGCCACGUUGGAGGAUACCAUCUCCAAGGCCGGCACGAAAAUCCAGCGGAUGGAGGGCCGCCAAGCUGAGAUGGAAGAUGCAUUGAAGACCUUGCAAGGUUUAUUGACGCCCGGAGUGGCUGUGGCCAAGGAGACCAAGAAGGACAUCGUGGACCGGCAAGAAGCACGAGAUAAGGAAAGGAAGGAUCACCUGGAAGCCUUGAAGCAUGACCAGGAUGCCUUGGUCCUCCUUGAGACUGCGAUGGAGCAGAUUGGCAAGUUCUUCAAGGAGAACAAGAUCGACACAGGUGCUGCCUUGAUCCAAAGGCACCAAGCCGAGCCCGAGAAGUACAGAGACAUGCCGGAUGCUGGCUUCAAGGAUGCCGACUACGAGGGAGCCAAGGGUUCCACCAAGGGUCUCAUGGCAGGGGAGCCCAACCGGGGAAUGAUGGAGACCAUCAAAGGAGACAUGGAGGCAGAGAUUGCUAAUGGAAAGAAGCAGGACAAAGAGAACCAGGCUCUCUACGAGAAGGACUAUGGAGCCCUCAAGGAACUGCGCCUGUCAUGUCUGGUGAUUUUCAACAGCGAUUGCCAUCCAGCGCAGGAGCUUUUGGACACUCAGAAGGAGCAGGAACUCACGUCCACGAAGGCCUUGGCGGACCUGAAGUCAGACACCGAAACCAAGAAGGAGUUCAAGGACGACAAGACUGACGAGAAGACGGCAGCGGAGAAGAACAAGGAGAAUCUGAACACCGACUGCGCGUGGGUGAAGACCAACUUUGACUCCCGCAGAGAAAAACGCCAGGCCGAGAUCCAGGGCCUUGUGGAGGCCAAGGGUGUUCUCCAAGCCGUGUGA